UCAAACUUCACCCACCAAAAAGACAAGAACUUGUGUCCCAGCGCGGAUGCUGUCUCAUCAAUCCAUAACCAAAACCUUAGUCCGAGAGCCACAUAAUAAUGACCAGGUUCUCCUCUCGUCAUAGUACAAGUCCUUUCAUCUGGUGUUUAGCCAUCAUCUGUGCCAUCAUCUCUGUUGCUGUGAUCAUUGGUGGCAUUGCAAUCUUCGCUGGUUACAUGGUCAUUCAUCCUAGAGUUCCCAUCCUUAGCGUCGAGUAUGCUCACCUCGACCUCUUGAAGUAUGAUAUAGUUGGAGUCAUGCAGACGCAGAUAACGAUUGUGAUACGUGCAGAGAAUGAUAAUGGUAAGGCUCAUGCCCUGUUUGAUGAAACCAAUUUCAAGCUAAGCUAUGAAGGUAGAACCAUCGCGUAUUUAAGACAGGGAGAGUUUGAAGUUGAUAAAGAGAAAACAUUGUCUUCUCAUUACGUGGUUCAGUCGUAUCCGAUACCAUUGACUCCAACCAUGAUUCAAGCCACAGACUAUGCGGUUAAACAAGAUGUGAUUACUUUCGAGCUCAAAGGUGGGUCAAAGGCUCGAUGGCGAGUCGGGCCAAUAGGAUCGGUUAAGUUCGAAUGUAACCUUAGCUGUGAGCUUAGGUUUAGACCCUCUGAUCAUAAUUACAUCCCACAAUCUCAUUGCACUUCUGCUCACAAGCAUUAGGGCUCUUGUACGUAGUCUUGUCUCUCAUUUGAUUUUUCUUUCUUUAACUUGGUUAGUUUUAUAUGUUUUUAUUUUUGGGGUUGAUUUUUAAUUGUUCUACAAUAAUUGCAACAACUAGUAUAUAUUAUUCAUAAUACUAUCAAAUGAGAAGAUGAAAGAAAAUCAAGAUAUUCAGAGUUUUUCUCUUCUAUUCGACUAGAAUUUCUUCUAUAUAUAUGACGAAAAGUUUAUUUUUCAUUCUAAAACAGAAAGUUGCUUUUGCCGAAACUUCUGUUUUUGCGUGUAACUGUGGAAGGCAUAAUCAUUUACUUAUUAACCA